CGCGAAUACACCGAACGUACUGGCAAUUUAAAAAUAAUAACAAAUGAUGGGUGUUUUUAAUCUGUGACAGAAUUAAACAGAUUAAAAAAAUAAAACUUAAUUAUUUGUGUUGUAGUGAAGAUAAACUAUCUAUUUUUAAAUUGUUUGACGUGGAAUUCGAAACCAAUUUCUUGGACUUCUCUCGAGACAAGUCUAGUCUAAGCCAUGUGGUUGAGAGUUCUGAUCGUCUUUUGCGUUACCACACGAACCUGGUCGCAGUAUACAUACGCGAAUCAGAAGGUGCAGCAAGGAGGUACACAGUUCGAGUGGGGCUGGCAGCUGACACCGGUGAACGCACAACUGCCAAUAGAUCACUUCCUUGUACAGACUGGUCCACAAAUCCAGUAUGCUGAUAUCGGUGGUUUACAAAAUACCGGUCCAUUGGUCGAUGCUACUGGUCUGAACUAUAAUACUAUACCAUAUCAAAUAUAUCAGAAUCCAGAAAAUCAAAAUCAUACGCAAAUAAUUCAAGAUGUCAGCAGUCAGGCACCGUUAGAUAUAUUUCUUCUUCACCAAUUCCCUGUCACCUCACAAACACAAGAACAUGUAGCAGAUAACUCUAUACAAUAUACAAAUGAACCAACAAACUCAUACACACAAACUGGAUAUAACAUACAAACAGAUCACACAACACAAAAUAAUCUAACGAACAAUCACAACACAGCAUAUAAAGAAAAUGACAAUCAAAAUAAUGCAAUAAUAACACCAAUUGUACAAGUGUUUAAAGAUCACAAUUGCGCAAACGAUGAUAUUAACAAAGAACAAUCAAUAUUAGAAGAUAAAACGACAUAUGAAAAUAUAAACGAAAAUUUCGAAACAAAAGAACCUUUAUUCAAAGGAGCAGCAAAUUUUAAAAUCGAAACAAGAUCGAAUACGAAUAAUGAAGGAUAUUAUUAUUAUUCAACUGAAAUAAGUCCAAAAAGAAAUUAUAACGAAGACCAAGAAGGUAUAUCAAAACUUGUAGCUUCAACACAAGAUUUGAUAAGUAACGAUGAUUUGAUAACAAUCAAUCAUUCAGCUGAAAAACAAGUAUACGAUUUAGAUGAAUAUAUUCAACCGUAUAAUUCAAAAACUGUAGAAUCUCGUAAUAGUCAAAAUCAAAUAACAUUAAAAGCAAAAAUACGUAACAUAGAAAACACAGCUGUACCAAAUUCCAACGCAAUACGUCAAAAUAACUAUGAAAAUAAAUUUACAUCACCUAUAGUUGUACAAGAUUCAAAAGAAGAUGAUUAUAAAGAAGAAAUAUUAGACACUUUAGUGUCAACAAUGACACCAUUUAUUCAAAAUGGCUACGUAAUUGCUAGUAUAAAGAAAAAUGCAAGUAAAAACGCUCAUUUACCUCAUUAUUUUAAUGAAGAAACAGUUUAUGUAACCCCAAGACCAAUUGGACAGAAAUAUUUAGCACCAAUAACAGUAGCUUUGAGAUUAUUAAAUUCUAAUAAUACCGAUAUAAUUAAUACAAUAGAGGAUCACGAAGCUUCAGAUAGUGAAUUUGUUGAAGAUAAAGUCAAAAUACCGACCAAAGGAAGAACAAUUGUUGAAAUACAAGAAUCUAUUCCCUUAGACAUAACCCAUAUCAAUGAAAUAGAAGUUCAUCAAUAUUUAGAAGAAGGAAGAAGUAACUCUCCAAUAAAUGAAGAGAAUGUAUACAAUGCAUUUGGAAAUCAAAGAAAUGAUGAACAAAAUAUUCAAGAUGUCUCCCAUGAAUAUGGUAAGAAAAAUAUUGAAACAUACAGUGAACAUAAUUCUGGUAAUAAAAUAAAAAGAAAUGAGGAAUUAGAAUCUAACGAAAGUAUAAAAAAUCAAAUAACAUUCGAAUACAACGAUUACAAAGGUAACCAACAAAAUAACACUAAUAAUGAAAAUAUAUUUGGAAAACGAAACAAUCGUAAAGUUAUUCAACCAAUAAUAGUAGAAAAAGAAAUACCUGUACUACAAUACAGAGAUCGGUAUAUAGAAAAACAAAUACCGAAUUCCGAAAAAACAAACCAUGUACCAGAUAGACCAGUCCUUAUACCAGUACCAUACGAGAAAAUUGUUGAAAAACCUAUUGAAGUCACGAAAUAUGUCGAUAAACCAUAUCCGGUACAAGUACCACAACCCUAUCCCGUACCAAUUAAAGUACCUUACCCAGUGGAGCAACAAGUAUACGUAGAUAGACCAGUUCAUGUCCCAUACCCAGUUGAAAAGGUAGUCGAGAAAGAAGUUAUAAGAAAUGUCCCUGUACCAACUCCUGUCGCUGUACCAGUUAAAGUACAAGUUCCAGUAGAAAAAACAGUUAUAGUACCAAUUCCAGUAGAAAGACCUUAUCCAGUACCCGUGGAAAAACCAGUUGAGAAGAUUGUUGAAAAAGAAAUCCGUGUCCCUUAUCCCGUUGAGAAGAAAGUAUUGUAUCCUGUACCGUAUGAAAAAACGGUCCACGUACCAGUUGAGAAAAUUAUCGAAAAACCGGUACACAUAAACGUACCAGUACCUAUACCUGUCCAUAUUAUUAAACAUUACCCUGUUGACAGAAUUGUCGAGAAAAAAGUACCUUACCCUGUGGAGAAAGUCGUCGAAAAGUUUGUAGAAAAACCAAAAAUUGUUACUAAAUAUAUCGACAGACCUUAUGCCAUCGAAAAUCCUUACAAUGUCGAGAAGAGAACAGAAAACAAUAUGCCUUUUCUUUUUCAAACUUACUCUGUAGAUAAUUCUAAAGCAGAAGAUUCUCAAAAUCUGCCACAAUAUUUGCAAAACGAAUCUCAAAAUGUUAAACAAAAUAGACCAGAAAAAACUUAUUACAAUCAACUUCAAGAAUAUAUAAAAGACAAUCAAGAGCAGUUUACUUACACAGUACCGAUUCAAACAACACAAUGGGGUAGCCUGUAUGCUUCUACAUAUAAAUACACAAAUAUAAAACCUAAUCAAGCUAAAAACAAUCAAAUAUAUAAUAAAUAUUUAACAAAUAAUCAAAAUUUAUACUACGGACCUCCGCCAUUACAAAAAUAUAAUAAUUAUUGGGAAAAUAACAGUUACAGUUCUGUUAAAUCAAAUAGAUUUCAAAGACAACAAAAAGUAACCAAUCUUAGGAUAGAAUAUGGAUUCAAACCUCCGCUAAUUCCAAGUAUCGAAAUCGAUUUACAUGGAAGACCGAUAAACAAAGAGACUGACAAAUAAAUUUUAAAUUUUAUUAUUUAUGUUAUAAUAAUUAUUUGUAAAAUUUGUACAAAUUGUAAACAAUUAAGUUGUUUAUAGAUUGCUACUAUUAAUUUGUCAAUUAUAAAGACAUUCAAUCAAUCCUGGAUAAGCGAGAGUCCAAGAGAACGGGAUAUUUUUCUCUCUUACAGAGGUUUCUCUCUUAACCGAGUUUCUCAUUUAUAGAGGUCGUCCGUCGGGACUGGAAAAUAACUCUCGCUUAUCCAAGUUUGAUUAUAUUUGUAUAAAAUAUUUAUAGUUUCAAUAACUUUUAAUUUAGCUUUAAAUUGUUAUAUUCUUGAUAAAUAACUUAGUCAUAUUUUUAAUAAUAAUUUAUAUAAGUUGUUAUCUUUUACAAUUGAGUUUUAACUUUUUAUAUAAACUAAAUAUAGAUGUCGCUACAUGUUACUUAUCGUUGGGUAAAUGUCGAGUCAUUAAAACAAAAUAUUGUCAUCCCUUUCAUUAUCUUUGAAAAGAACAGAGAUCACAAUAUAUAUGCUUCGGUAGUAUAAACCCACAAUAAGACUAGCCAUUUUAUUUUUUCUGACUGAUUGU